AAAAUGUUUUCUGGUGAACUUUGUUGAGGACCGAUCGUGACGUGAGAAAUGACGUCACAGCGUCAGCCCCGCCCUCCUGUGACAUAAUCCAAGAUGGCCGCCGCCGUAGGAAGACUGCUCAGGACUUCUCUUCAGGCAGGAGCUGCAGGGGGGGGCCUGAGGGCGGCCCUCGGUCAGCGUGGAGCCUGCGGGGGGGCCAGGGUCUUCACUGCUGCAGCGCUGCAGAGAUCCUCCUUCUCCACCAGCGCCUCCAGAUGGGCCCCCGCCGUCACUCAGCCUGCCCCUGCCUUCAAGGCCACAGCCGUCCACAACGGAGAGUUCAAGGACUUGAGUCUAGCAGAUUUCAAAGGCAAAUAUCUGGUCCUGUUCUUCUACCCUCUGGACUUCACCUUUGUUUGUCCGACUGAGAUCAUCUCCUUCAGCGACAAGGCCAGCGAGUUUCAUGACAUCAACUGUGAGGUGGUGGGGGUGUCUGUGGAUUCUCACUUCACCCACCUGGCGUGGAUAAAUACUCCCCGAAAGGCCGGAGGUUUGGGGAACAUCCACAUCCCCUUACUGUCGGACCUCAACAAGCAGAUCUCCAGAGACUAUGGCGUGCUGCUGGAGGCUCCUGGCAUCGCACUCAGAGGCCUGUUCAUCAUUGACCCAAACGGCGUGGUGAGGCACAUGAGCGUGAACGACCUGCCAGUCGGCCGCUGCGUGGACGAGACCCUUCGCUUGGUGAGGGCCUUCCAAUUCGUGGAAACUCACGGGGAGGUGUGCCCGGCCAGCUGGACCCCCGACUCCCCGACGAUCAAACCAACUCCUCAUGGAUCCAAGGAGUACUUUGAAAAAGUCCACUGAGGCAGCUCUGGACGUUCACCACAAACUCAGUAAAGUCAGAACCAACCGUC